CCACAGACAACCCUGAGACAGAAGAGGAACGAGGUUAAAGUCAGGUAAGGAACAUUAAUACAAUACACUCACACUCUUACGGAAUGCUCAGGGUUUAACAGUGAUUGGUGCUCACCAGCUUGCUGCCACUCACCCCAUGUGUUUCCUAUUAAGGGUUAAUAAGUAUGUAGGGGUUAAGAAAAAAAAAACCUUCCUGUCUGAUUAGAGAUAUUGCAUAUCAGCUUAAAGAAACAAGGUAAGUUGUUGGUGUUUGACUUGACGUGGCAGGUGAGCUUACAUGUUAAUGGCCAUUGGAGGGGCACUAAACCUCCAGUUAUUUAAAUGUGCAUAGGGACUUCUGGCUUUUAUUGUGUAUAUAUUGGGUCUGAUGUGUAAUAUAGUUAUUGCUAAUGCACAGGAGUAGUGGGGAUUUGAGCACAUUUUGUAUGAUUAAAUAUUUAUGUGAAUAUCUUUAAACCAGGUUGAAGCAUUCCAUAGAUAUGUGGAGAAAAACAAAAAAAAAAUAUUCCUUCUAAAUAUAUAGUGUGUGUAGUUGCCUCUUACUGGAAGAAAAUUUGCGAAGUCGUAGACAUGUGGAGUGACGUCGGAUAGUGGGCAGACACUAGGAAGUCUAUGGCAUAUUUGACUUUGGUCUAAAUCGUUCCAGCAAAAGACAGAGAUGCACGAGGGGAGACGGGACAGAGAGCACCAUUCACCUAUUAAUUGGAAAACUCAGCUUUUGUGAGUAGGGGCGGAUGGCCUGCAUACACUCACUUACUUUCUUCCAGUAAGGGGCGGCUACUCUUAUCCCCCUGCGUAUAUGUGCAAUAUAUAUGUAUAUUUUAAUGUUGCUUCUAUCUUGUCUGUUAAUAACUUUGGUUAGAUGAACAUCAUUUGAUUUAUAGAUAACUAACUCAGUGUGGAGUCACUUGAGUCAUAGUUUCUAUAAAUAUAUUGGAAUAUUAAUCUAAUUUUAUUAUCUGUUUACAUUCUUAUCUUUUUAAAAGUGUGGUUUAGUUCCUGUUUUGAAUGCCUUUUUAGUGCUCCCAUCAAUUUGUAUAUAUUUAAAUAUAUAAUUAAGUUGUAAUGCAAUAAAUAAUCAAACAAGUCAAGAAGAGGUAGUGCUACAGCUGGGGGUCUCUAGUCACUAAACACUGAACUGGGAUGAAAUAAACCUAAUUACAAAGUAAGGCUACAAUAGCCAAUGAAGACUUGGAGAGCUACACUGGAAACAGAAACACACUGCAGAAAAAUAUUAGUAUUUGACAAGAGAUAUAACAUAUUUGUGUAUAAAUAGCCAUAUAUUCUUUCUUUGCCAGUAAACUGAUUCCUGAAGAUAAAAACUCGAGAUGGAAGGAAUUGACCUUAAACAUUAUCACGAUGAAGAGUUUGAUCACCAUCUACUGAUAAAAACGUAUGUUGGUCAUGAUAAAACGGAUUCCAAAGAGGAACUGAUGACAAUGCCACAGCAAAAAUUAUUUGAGGUAUUGUCCUCAGGUAUGUUCAUGUUUAAGUCCUUUUAUUGCUUUUUUUGUCUUUAAUUUGUAUUAAAGAAGCGCUGUCACUUGUAAGGUCAUGGUAUUUCCUUAAAGGGACACUAUAGGCACCCAGACCACUUCAUCUCACUUUCUCCUUAACCCUGCAAUGUUAGUUAAUGCAGUUCCUGAGAAAUUACAGUAAGUACGUGUCAGGGUUAAGACUGCCCCUAGUUGUUGUCUAUCAGCCACUAGAGGCAUUUCCUGCUUGUUAGGCAAUCUUUGGCCUAAUUGAUGCCGGAGUUCGCCACGCUCUUCAUGAGGACACCAGCAUCAGUAAAACUUCAAUGUGAAAAGCAUUGCUUUCCUAUGGGGAGGACCUAAUGCACUCACCACGGAUGCGCAUGAGCCCCGCAAUGGGUGACGAGGGAGGGAGAGUGUAGGGGAUCUAUAGUGCUAGCAAUACUAUAGUGUCCCUUUAAAGACUUCCCAUGGUGGCAUGUCAGCUUGCCUAAUAAUGCCUGUAGGAGAGUUGGAAGGGAGAUAUACAUAUCUAAAGCUCUCGCCCUGCACUGACACCCUCUGGUUAAUCAGUUCCUGAUUAAUGAUUCCACUAGGGGCUCUUAGUUUUUUUUUUUACUCUUGCAUAUGGAUGUGUACAUAAAAUGGAGUUAUAAGGGAGAUACUGCAAGACUGCUGGAUCCUCUAUCGAUCUUUGAGAACAUUGAAAUAUUUACAUCUGAUUUGUAUCUUGAGAAGUUGCAGUUUCCCGUUGUUUUCCUUCAGGUACCGUGAAAGGAGAAACUCUGAUAGAUCUCACCAUUGCUCCAGCCUUCGGUCAUUUAAUGGUCGCAGCUGAUUUCUUUAAGGAGAUCUUCAUAUUGGACUCAUCAGACAGUUCGCUCAAGGAAACUGAAAAAUGGCUGAAUAAGGAGCCAGGAGCUGUGGACUGGUCUCAUGCAGCUCACAUUUCGUGUAAACUUAAGGGUGUGAGGUAAGUCUGCUGGGUUAGAUAAAUGUUGCUUUGUGUAUUCUAAAGGGACCCAGACCACUACAUCCUCAAUGACGUGAUCUGGGUGUGGUGGCCCUGUCCUUUUAACCCUGCAAUAUAAAGCAUUGCAGUUUUAUAGAAUAUACUUUGUUUGUAUUGCAGGGUUAAAUCCACCUCUAAUAGUUGUCCCAUGACACAAACACCCAUAAGAAAGCAUCAAAUUUAGUACUUUACUAUGGGAACUAUUUCUAGUGAAGCAAAUAUAGAUGGAAUCUGAGCUUUUGAUCUAGUGAAGUCAUAUAUUAAAGCAGCGCUGUCACAUCUGCUUAAUUUGUGAAUACCCCUGAUGGUGACCUCAAAGCUGGGAGGCCAGGAGGGACAGGCAAGGGUGAUAUUUACUUACCUGAGCCUGUCCCUCAUGGGCGUGGCCAUCUUAAUCUGGUGCUCCUCUAGGGAGCCGAUGUCGCUGCUGUACUAUCUUGCAUGUGCGAGAAUAUUGAAUUGAGAUCUAUGGAGGAUCCAUAACUGGUGAUGGCUGUCGGGAUUGACACUUGGACUCUGCCCUGAGUCUAAGAAAUUUAGGAGGAGAAAUACAGAGGCAAAGUAAUCCCUACUUUGUUUCUGUAUUUAUUGACUGGUUUGGAAUUUCAGAUUCAAUCUUUAUUAAAUACUCCCUUAUCAGGGUGGCAGAAAACAGUGCUGCUUUUAAUAUUUCUGAAAUCCCGUAUAAAUAGCUAGCCCACUCAAUAAGAUCAACAACUGCUUUCAUUGACUAUUGUGUUGUCCAGGCAUGUUGCUUGCUGUUCAAAUAGAACAGAGGUAGGCUGCCUUCGACACUCCAGUUGUUGGCUAUAUCUUCAUAAUGUUGGCAAAGCUUCAGGGGAAAUGUAAUUCACAACAUUUGGAGUGCCAAAGGUUGCCUACCCUUCCUCUACAUAAAAUAUUAUAUUAAUAUUUGUAUAUAGCAACAUUUUUGGUUGCAGUCUUUUUGACUGUUCAGUCAGACUCACUGGCGUACAUACCAGGGUCGCAGGGGUCGCGACUGCGACCGGGCCCGGCCCACCAGGGGGCCCGGCCGCCCCUGCGACCCGGUAUGUACGCCCAGGGCCAGCCUCUUCCCCUUGGGGGGCCCAGGAGCCGACCACCCCAGGGCCCCCUGAGGCUGGCCCUGCUGACCCCGGGUGGCCGGUCGGGCAGGCAGGCGGGCGCGCGAGGGAGCACUCAGUGCUUCCUCUUCAGCUCCCUCGCGCACCGCACUGAUGCCGGAGCCGGAAGAUGACGUCAUCCUUGGCUCCGCCUCCGGCAUCCCUAUGCGGCGCGCGAGGGAGCUGAAGAAGAAGCACUGAGUGUUUCCCGACCGGCCACCCGCCCAGGAGCCCCACUGGACCCCAGGGAAUAAUCCCCCCCAGCACUCCAAGAGGUAAGGAGGCUGGGGGGAUUAUAUUAAAAAAAAAAAAAAAUCAUGUGUGUGUGUUAGUGUGAGUGUUAGAGUGAGUGUUAGAGUGAGUGUUAGUGUGUGUGAGUGUUAGUGUGUGUGUUAGUGUGUGUGAGUGUUAGUGUGUGUGAGUGUUAGUGUGUGUGAGUGUUAGAGUGAGUGUUAGAGUGAGUGUUAGUGUGGAGUAUAGAGUGUGUCUCAAGUAGUGAGUGUUAGUGAGUGUGUCUGCUAGUGAGUGCCAGUGAGUGUUACUGUGUGUGUCUUACUGAGUGUGUGUGUUAGUGAGUCUGUUUGAUGUCUGUUAGUGAGUGUGUGUUUGUCAAUGAGAGUGUAUGUUUUGUAAGUGAGUGUGUAUGUAUGUCUGUCGCUGAGUGUGUCUCUGUCAGUAAAUGUGUGUGUCUGUUAGCUAGUGUGUAUGCGCCUGUAAGUGAGAGUGUGUGUGUCUUCAGCACUUACCUUUCUCCAGCGCCGGACUCCCUUGGCGCUGAGGAUCCCUCAGCCUCUCAGCUCCGAAUGCGACCGCGCACGCAUUUCAAAUGGCAGGUUACAUUACCAAUGCUUUCCUAUGGACAUUCAGUGUGCUCCUCUAGCGGCUGUCAGUGAGACAGCCACUAGAGGCUGGAUUAACCCUCAGUGAAACAUAGCAGUUUCUCUGAAACCGCUAUGUUUUCAGCUGCAGGGUUAAAACUAGAGGGACCUGACACCCAGACAACUUCAUUGAGCUGAUGUGAUCUGGGUGUCUGUAGUGGUCCUUUAAAGGACCACUAUAGUGCCAGGAAAACAUACUCGUUUUCCUGGCACUAUAGUGCCCUGAGGGUGUCCCCACCCUCAGGGACCCCCUCCCGCCCGGCUCUGGAAAGGGGUAAAACUUACCUUUUUCCACCGCUGGGCAGAGAGCUCUCCUCCUCUUCUCCUCCCCGUCGGCUGUAUGCGCACGCGCGGCAAGAGCUGUGCGCGCAUUCAGCCGGUCACAUAGGAAAGCAUUCAUAAUGCUUUCCUAUGGACGCUGGCGUGCUCUCACUGUGAAAAUCACAGUGAGAAGCACGCAAGCGCCUCUAGCGGCUGUCAAUGGGACAGCCACUAGAGGAAAUAGGGGAAGGCUUAACCCAAGGCUUUCUCUGAAACUGCUAUGUUUAUGAAAAAAUGGGUUAACCCUAGCUGGACCUGGCACCCAGACCACUUCAUUAAGCUGAAGUGGUCUGGGUGCCUAGAGUGGUCCUUUAAGUGUGUGUGCAUCUGCAUGCACUGGCGUACAUACUGCGGUCGCAGCCCUGUAACCCCUGCGACCAGGUGCCCACCGCCAUGUGUUGCGGCCUGGCCCGCGCGGGGGGGGGGGGCACAGAUCAAUUUUCGCACCGGGGCCCCAUGGGUCAUGUGUACGCCACUGGUCAGACUUCUCAAUGAGUUGUAUUACAGCUCGAUGCCACAUCAUUUCAAGACAGGUUGCCUGGAAAAUUGUUACCUCUUGGGGGUUUGCACCCCUGAAUUAACAGGACCUGCUAUCUGACGGCCCUGGGGGUGUAACAUUUAUAUUGAGAUCAGCACUUCUUUAAAAUAAGAAAAAGAGGUCCUAUCCUUCGCAUACAAAACUUCGCAAGCCCAAGUGCAUUAUGUGUUUGGAGUGUUCCUUAUACUUACACGGUCAUUCACUAAGGUGUAAAUUCAAAGGAAAUUAAAAAUUUUAAGCUAAACAUAUUGUACUGAAGGAUAGCUGACAUGGAUAAUUUUUCCAGUUUGGAUAUUUUGAUCUUAAAUUCACUUUGAAGCACCAUGGUCCUUCAGGGUUGUACACAUGUAGUCUUGGAAAAGACAAGCCUAAUAUUUAUUAUUUUGUAUUUUGUUUGCACUUCUCUUACAGUUGUCAGGAGGAGCACAGCAGCGGUUUUACAAGGUAACUGUUUUUACACACGAGCUUGUUUUCGUUAAAAACAACAAAUAACCAAAUUUAUAGAAAACAUUAUUGGACAACACAAUGAAUGCAUUUACUAAACACUUUGACAGUUUUUAUGAUAUCACAACUAUUGAAUUUCAGUGAACACUUGGAAGCUGAGGAAGAGAAAGUCAGAAGAGUUGUCAAACAUUGUUUAAAAUGGGAUCCCACCAAUGACAAUCCACUGAGUUCUGUCGUACUUCCUCAAGCAGACUGUGCCAUCAGUGUCUUUUACUUUGGUGCCUGUAAAGAUCAUGAGAGUUAUCGCAACACCUUUAAAAAAUUAUCUUCCCUUGUGAAGGUGGGAGGUCACGUCAUUCUGUUUGCCCUUUUCAAUGGGACCUAUUUUACAAUUGGUGAUCACAGGUUUUCCAUGUUAAACUAUAAUGAAGAGUUAGUGAAGGAAGUUCUCCAAGACAAUGGGUAUACCACUGUGAUUUUUGAAGUAUAUGAAAGCAAAUUAAACACUCACUUAGUAGAUUAUAAACAGAGUGGGUACAUUGUAGCUCGUAAGGAAAGGGAGAUUUAA